AAAGUCAACUCCCCCAUACUUUUUGGUUCUCUCUCUCUCUCUCAACCCCUUUUUCCUCUUCAUAUUUAUGAAUUUAAAUGCUAAAGGUUCAUCAAUAACCACCUGCUAUAAACUUUCAAAUUUCAGUCUUGAUAUUUUUUUCUUCUUUUCUCAUAGACUUACAGCUUUAUUCUCUCCAUAUUUAUUCACUUUUAAAUAGUGUUUCUCCAUAUAAAUUCAAGCUGAUCAUAUAUUCUUUGUUUUUACUAUCAAUUUCCUAGUGGAACAAUUUGUGAUUUUUCUUGAAAAAAGAUGUCCUUCUCAACAGGUUAAGUAUUGGACGUCUAUCUAUCUCACCACAAUCCUAAGUCGAACACCAAUUAAAAGUGCUUCGUAGUUAGAAUAUUUAUCAAAACUGUUUGAUAUUUUUAGUUUAUCAAAUAGAGAAUGGGAAACGGAAUUGGAAAGUUGAAGCAAUGUUUUGCAGGAGAUGUUGGAGAAAUCUCAAAACGACGCCAUGAUAUUGGUGUAGAUCUCUUUGAUACACUUGACAAAGGAUUAGGCCAUUCUUUUUGCUACAUCUUGCAUGAUUCAUUAUCCAAAAAUCACCCUUUUUCAGAAGACUCCUCUUCUUCCACUACCACCACUAUCUCCAGUACCACCAGCAGCAGCCAAACGACGGCGUUUCGUACCAUCUCUGGCGCCUCUAUCUCCGCCAACACCUCCACGCCUCUGUCCACUGCCCUCGUCGACGUUUGUCCUUCCAAAACUUACGUUGAGAAGUCGUCAGCUUUUGAAAGCUCUCAGUGGUUUUCUUCUUUCCCACUUCAACCAAUUCCCCGGAGAUCAAUCCCCUCUGUUUGUUCAGGCCCGAUUCCCCGAGUUUCUACCUCGGGCUCAGGCCCGAUCGAGAGGGGAUUCCUCUCCGGUCCAAUAGAGCGGAGCUUCAACUCUGGUCCAUUGGACAAUCAGUAUGAUCAGCUCCAAAGGUACAAACCUGAGUCUAGUAAAUGGCAUUUAGUUAGGAAUUUAAAGAAAGUUUUCCAAGAAAUGACUUUGGCAGAGGAGAAAAAUGAGAUUAAAGACCCAUUGGUAAAUAGUUUGAGUAAUGAAAACAGUUUGGUUGAUGAAGAUGAGGAAAAUGAAUUAUUUAGAAGUCAAAAUGUGCAGUGGGCACAGGGGAAAGCAGGGGAAGACAGAGUACAUGUAGUGAUUUCUGAGGAACAUGGUUGGGUUUUUGUUGGAAUUUAUGAUGGAUUUAAUGGACCUGAUGCUACUGAUUUUCUACUGAAAAAUCUUUACUCAAAUGUAUUCAAGGAACUCAAGGGAUUGCUAUGGAAUGACAAGUUAGAAAAAGAUUCAGAAAGUAUCAUAUGUAACGAGACAGUUAUCGUUCAGAAUCAAGAAUUAGAUCAAUCAAAAUUGAGCAAUUCAGGACCUGAUACAGUUGCUAGUAUUAACCAUUUAGACGUAUUGAACGCGUUAUCAGAGGCGCUGAGGAGAACCGAGGUAUCAUAUUUGGAGAUGACAGAUAUGAUGGUGAACGAGAACCCCGAGUUAGCCUUAAUGGGAUCUUGUGUUUUAGUUAUGUUGAUGAAAGGAAAAGAUGUUUACUUGAUGAAUGUUGGAGAUAGCAGAGCUGUUUUAGCUCAAAAUCUUGAAUCGGAUCGUUCCAUUUGUAAUUUGGAUCGGAUAAAUGAGGAGAGUCUAAAUAACAUUGAUGCACAACUCUAUAGAAUUGAUUCAGACAGAAAACACAAUCUAACUUCUUGUCAACUUUCUAUGGAUCAUAGCACAUCUGUUAAAGAGGAAGUUGUUAGGAUUAGAAGUGAGCAUCCUGAAGACGCAUCUGCUAUAAAAAAAGAUAGAGUAAAAGGUUCUUUAAACGUUACUCGAGCUUUCGGAGCAGGCUAUCUCAAACAGCCCAAAUGGAACAAUGCACUUCUAAAGGUUUUCAGAAUAGACUACGUUGGAAAUUCGCCUUAUAUCAACUGUUUACCAUCACUUUACCACCACAGACUUAGCCCAAGAGAUAGAUUUCUGAUCUUAUCAUCUGAUGGACUUUACCAAUAUUUCAACAAUGAAGAAGCAGUUGCUGAAGUUGAGACAUUUAUGUCUAUAUUCCCCGAGGGAGAUCCCGCGCAACAUCUUGUUGAAGAAGUGUUAUUUAGAGCUGCAAAAAAAGCUGGUAUGGACUUCCAUGAGUUACUUGAUAUACCACAAGGUGAUCGUAGGAAGUACCACGAUGAUGUCUCGAUUAUCAUCAUAUCGUUCGAAGGAAGGAUAUGGAGAUCAUCUGUGUAAAUCAGGGCAGCCCUGUGCACUAAGCUCCCGCUAUGCGCGGGGUUCAGGGAAGGGCUAGACUACAAGGGUCUAUUUUAUGCAAUCUUACGCAUUUCUGCAAGAAGUUGUUUUAACCGCUCGAACCCGUGACCUCCUGAUCACGUGGCAGCAACUUUACCAGUUACGCCAAGGCGCCCCUUCCUUAUGUGUAAAUUAGCAGAAAAGAAUAUAAGGAUCAAACUAAUUUUGCUUAUUAACUUUUGUUACUCCAUUUUAGUGGUAAGUGUUUAUACUACACAACUUUAGGCUGCUAUACAAGAUAGAGAGGUUGAUGUUUUCUUGUUAAGGGGAUUGUAAAGGUGCCAAUAAAAUUGCCCCUUUUCCCUUCAAAUAUAACAGAAUAAUCUGUAACAUAUUGUGUUCUUUGUAAUUGUACAUAUAUUCCUAGUUCUAGGUGUCCACUAUUACAAACUGAUACCUCAAUAGACUCGACCAAUU